AUGAAUCGUGGACGGUUUUUAGUAAACAUGGUUGAAGAAAGGGACAAAGAAAACAUCAGCCCUAGCUUACUAACCCAACCAGAUACUAGACAGGAGUUUGAACCAAUAAUACAAAAGGAGAGAGAUUCAUCUAACGAAACUCAUGCAGCCUUAUCCGUGGAUGGUAAAUCUAUUCCGAGCACAUAUAAACAACAGCAGGCUAGUACACCAAAUUAUUAUAUUUCACCAAUCCAAAGUGACCAAAGUGAUUUUGAUGACUCAGGUGAGGAUCCCAAUUACCAAUUGAUUAAUAAAAGUAAGACACUAUCUCAGAUCGUACCUUUUGGUUCAUUGCUGUCUUCAUCCAGCACCAGCAGUAGUAGCUCUAAGAGCUCAUCACGUUCUAAUAGCUCGUCAGACACGGAAAAUGAUAGUGCGCAUUUACAGCUUGACCCUCAAAGUACUACGGUAGCGGAAAUUAAUUGCCAAGAGCUCGUUAUAAAAGAAAAAAAGGGUAAAAAGAGGGUACGAAAACCAACGAUGUGGAAGUCGAAAGUUGCGAAAGUGCUGAGAAAUUCUGGUAAAGCCUACCAGUCUAUGUCAAAAUCAAAAUUACAAGUGCCAGAGAGAAAAGUCGGCCUCCCCUGUGGAGAAAAAUGUCGGCUAAAAUGUAAAGAUAAGAUCAAUGAAAUAUCAAGGCAACAGCUUUUUGAUGCAUUUUGGGGACUCGGCAAUCUUGAAAGGCAGAGAGAAUUUAUAGUGCGACACUCACAAAAAAUAAAACCUAAAUAUCGAUACUCAAGCACACAAGAUUUUAGAGCUCUUAACACUGCGUUUUAUUUUGAGGUUGCUGGAUCCAAAAUUAGAGUUUGCAAACCGUUUUUCAAAUCGACUCUCGGGAUGAGUUAUAAAGCUAUACAAACGGCACUUUCCAAGGUCUCUGAAUCAGGAGUCAUACAAGGAGAUUUGAGAGGAAAACACGGCCAUCAACCAACUAUUGAUCCACAAAUCAAACAGAGCGUUAUUGAUUUUAUAAAUUCUAUUCCAAAGAUUGAGUCUCACUACUUGAGAGCUCAAACGAAAAGACAGUAUAUUUCAAGUGAGAAAUCAUUGGCGGAUAUCUACAGAGAUUACAAACAACUUCGUGAAAAGGAUGGUUUAGCUAUUGCCACGUCUUCCACAUUCAACAAGAUAUUCAACACUGAAUUCAACAUUUCUUUUUUCGUACCAAAAAAAGAUCAAUGCAAUCUGUGCGAAAGGUAUAAGAAUUCAGACUCGGAAGAAAAACGCAACUUAAGCCAAGAGUAUGAACAGCAUCAGAAAGAAAAAGUUUUGGCAAGAAAUGAGAAAGAUAAUGAUAAAAGUAGGGCCGAUGGUACUAUCGUAGCAGUUUACGACUUGCAGGCAGUUUUGCAGAUUCCAAAGGGACAAAUAUCACUAUUUUUUUAUAAAUCCAGGAUCAACUGUUUCAAUUUUACCAUCAGCGAUUUAAGGGCAAAAGAAGUUAUGUGCUACUUUUGGGAUGAAACCGAAGGAAAGAGAGGACCUAUUGAAAUUGGCAGCUGCAUACUCGACUACGUUAAAGCUCAGACAAUCCAAUGUUGGAAUUCAAGCAAAAAGAAAAAGAUAUGGAAGCUUCUCCGAAGUUAUAAAAAGAAUGGUAUUUUAAAAAACUUCGGUCAGGCAAACCCACAGCGCACAAGGACCAAGAAAGAAAUAAUAAAAAUUAUAUCUAAACCAGUAAAGGUCAAUGGGUGA